UUGAAAAAUUAUGGAGAAUCAAAAUAGAGAGUUAGAUUACAACAACUGUCCCAUCGAAAACACUAAAUCAGAAAACAAAGCUUUCAAAGCAACAAGGGUAUGGAACGUAAUUGUGAAUUCGUUCGAAACACAAAUGCAUUGCGGUCGAAGAAGAAAGAAUCUUAGAAUUCAUGAAGAUUGUUUCACCGGUUCAUCUGCUGUCACCACAAUGCAUUCUAUUUUAAAGGAAAUGAAAAACUAUGAGAACGUGUCAAGAUGUCAGGCCAAAAAACUGCUACAAAAAAUAAUGAAUCAACGUAUUAUAGAAGAUGUGAAUGGCAAAUGGUCGGCGGAAGAAUUCAAAGACUCGGGGAAAAUUAUAUAGGUAAUUAUAUCUCUAGAAAACGUAUGUAAACACAGAUUUAUUAUUGUAAGGUGGACAACUUUUUCAAAAUCUUCAACUUUUUCAACAACUUCAACCUUAGGAAAAUACUUUUUG